AGCAGAAACAAACUCGUGCACGGCUGUGGUUUGGAGGUGAAGAGACAUGAACACUUUUUAUUCAGUGCAAGCGUUGGAGCCGGACAACGGAGCACGUGUUACAGAGUCCUUCAAGUUUGUGUCCGAGGAGAAGAGGGAUGUGUGGAGCAGAGGUGGAGAGGAGAUGUCAGAGUCGUCCUGCUGCCUCAGUGUCAGAAAGAUCUCCUACACUGUCAGUGAGCGUGUUGGACCAUGGUGGGAUCUACCCUCCUAUAGGAAGCGAUGGACUCGUCAGAUCCUCAACGACGUUUCCUUCCACGUAGACAGUGGGCAGAUAAUGGGCAUCCUGGGCAACUCAGGCUCGGGGAAGACGACACUGUUGGAUGCCAUCUCAGGGAGGAUUGGAAGCAACGGCACGCUGUUGGGGGAGGUCUUCAUAAAUGGCAGGAAACUGAAGAGAGAAGAGUAUCAGGACUGUUUCUCCUAUGUCCUGCAGAGUGAUAACUUGCUGAGUUAUUUGACAGUAGAGGAAACCCUGACGUACACAGCACAGCUAGCCCUGCGGAAACACUCAGCAGAAGCUAUCAAGAAAAAGGUGUCGGCAGUGAUGGCCGAGCUGAGUCUGAGUCAUGUGGCGCACAGUGUUAUCGGAGGCCGCAUUUUCCCAGGAAUCUCUGGGGGUGAGAGACGGAGGGUCUCCAUCGCCAGUCAGUUACUUCAGGAUCCAAGGGUGAUCCUAUUGGAUGAGCCGACCACCGGCCUGGACAGCAUGACGGCCAAUCAGAUCGUGGUGCUGCUGGCAGAGCUGGCCCGGAGAAAUCGGAUCGUCGUAGUAACCAUCCAUCAGCCACGCUCCGAACUCUUCAGGGUGUUCAGCAGAAUUGCAAUAAUGAGUCGAGGCGAGCUGGUAUUCUGUGGACAACCAGAGGAGAUGGUGGAUUUCUUCAGCCAGUGCGGAUACGAGUGCCCAGAGUACUGCAACCCUUUUGAUACAUAUGUUGACUUCACCUCGGUGGACACACACAGCAGUGAGAGGGAGGCGGCCACGUUCAGUCGCAUGCAUGGGAUCACCUCGUCCUACCAGAGAUCUGCCAUCUACCAGAACAUGCUGGACAAAAUGGAGCAGAGCCUGCAGAUAUCUGACAAGUCAGCAAUCCCCUUUAAAAGCAAAGACUCGCCCAACGGUGCUGCCAAGCUCGAAGUUCUGUUUAGGCGCACAGUCAGAAACUUUUCCAGAAACAAGAUGGGGGUUCUGAUGCGUCUGUUCCAGAACCUGAUCUACGGUUUCUUCGUGGCCUUCUUCGUCAUGCAUUUAGACAUGGACGUCACCAAGGGGGCCGUGCAGGACCGCAUUGGCAUCAUCUAUCAGUGUGUGGCUGCUCCGCCCUACACUGGCAUGCUCAACGCUGUCGCUCUCUUCCCUGCGCUGCGAGCCAUCAGUGAUCAGGAGAGUCAGGACGGCCUCUACAGCAAAUGGCAAAUGUUCUUGGCCUACAUCCUUCACAUCCUGCCCUUCAGCACUGUGAGCAUCGCCAUCUUCUGCUCCUUUCUUUAUUGGACAAUAGGGAUGCACCCAGAGACUUUGCGCUUCCUGUGUUUCACUGCUGUGAUUCUGGUGCCACAUAUUAUAGGUGAGUUGUCAACCGUGGUGCUUUUAGGAGUGGUCCAAGACCCAAACAUGGUCAACACCGGAGUGGCUUUACUCAAUAUUGCAGGAGUCCUGGUGGGAUCUGGCUUCCUCAGGAGCAUCCAGCAGAUGCCCGUGGUGUUUCAGUGGCUGAGUUACCUGACCUUCCAGAAGUACAGCUGUGAGCUGCUCAUCGUCACCGAGUUCUACAAUCUGGACUUCACCUGCAAUGUAACAAAAUUCUUACCAGGAGCCUGCAUGGUCACUAAAGGCAAUCAGAUCAUCGAUCAGGGUUAUCCUGGAGCUCUGUCUCGAUACCUACUCGACUUUUUUCUCCUCUACUCCUUCCUCCCCGCCUUGGUUCUGAUGGGCAUCAUUAGCUUCAAGAUCAGAGACAAGCUUAUGCAUCACUAA